AUGACGAAACUCAACAGGUUGGUGGUUGUGUCCUUCAUUGUUAUGGGCUUGGUGUGUGCAUCGGUUCCUGUGUCCGCCGUCGAAGAAGGCGAGGCGAAACAGUUUUGGGAUCAAUGUCUUAUCAAAAUCAGUCCAAAGUGUACUUUAGAUAUAGUCGAGGGUAUUUUCGGAAAUGGGACGGUAGCGGAUUCUUGCUGUCCCGAACUUAUCCAAGAGGGAAAAUUGUGUUACGACAUUCUUACGAACUACAUCGCGGAUAGACCGAUUUACAUUUCCCGUCGGACAGAGUUUUUGAAGAAGAGAGAUGAUCUAUGGACUCAUUGUGGCUCCGCCUCCAAGACCGCUUAA